UGUCACACUGUGUCCUGUAUCCGAGCUAUGGAUUGGUCACACCAUCACAUGAUCUCAUUACAGCAACGUUUCAUUUAAACAUAUAGAGCUCUCGGAAGACCUGGGUGCUGUGGUUACCAGGGCAACGAGGGGGUACCAGGGAGUCAGGGUCAACUAUUUUACUCCUUAACACCUUGCCUCCCCUGAACCAUGGCUGGGGACAUUACAGAAGCAGGAGAGCAAUAUUCUCCAUUUGUUGGUCUUGUGUAUAUGUUCAAUCUGAUAGUUGGCACAGGUGCCCUCACUAUGCCCAAGGCCUUUGCACAAGCCGGAUGGUUAAUUAGUCUUAUUCUCCUCAUAUUUUUGGCGUUUAUGAGUUAUGUAACAACAACAUUUGUAGUGGAAGCAAUGGCCGCAGCCAAUGCUCAGCUACGCUGGAAGAAACGUGAAAAAGAGGAGGAUGCUGACCUUUCAGACGGGUCAGAUAAUGAUGCUCCGACUUCAUCUGGGUACGACCGAUCAGAGAUUCAACCCAUUCUUUCUGUCCAACAUCGGGGUUUAUCAGAUCCAUUUGAAAUAGCAGAGAGAGUUGAAAUGGGACAAAUGGCGUCUAUGUUCUUCAAUAAAGUUGGGGUAAACCUAUUUUAUUUAUGCAUCAUUAUAUAUCUUUAUGGCGAUUUGGCUAUAUACGCAACAGCCGUACCUCUGUCUUUGGUGCAGGUCACGUGCUUUUCUGUGAACGGUUCAUGUGGCACUCACGCGGGAGAGCGGAAUGACACGGAUCCAUGCUGGGGAAGUAUCAGACGGAUCGAUGCUUACAGGAUCUAUCUGGUUGUUUUCACUGUGUUUCUUGGUCCUUUUACCUUUUUCAAUGUACAGAAGACAAAGUACCUCCAGAUCCUGACCUCUCUAAUGAGAUGGAUUGCUUUUAUCAUCAUGAUUGUAGUAGCGUUGGUACGGAUUGGUGAAGGUGAAGGGGCAGGCCACCCACCUCUUGCACAGUUCUCAGGGAUUCGUAACCUGUUUGGAGUCUGUGUUUAUUCCUUCAUGUGCCAACAUUCUCUGCCCUCCUUGAUCACUCCUGUGUCAAGAAAGAAGCAUUUGACAGGACUUGUACUAGUGGACUACAUCUUGGUUCUUUCAUUCUACAGCCUGCUAUGCUUCACGGCCAUUUUCUGCUUCAGUUCAGGAGCCUUAAUGGAUAUGUACACCCUCAACUUCGGCAGCUGUAGCCCCUUUGUACCGCCAGUGAUUGGCUAUUUUCUUGGUCUGUUCCCAGUAUUCACUAUAAGUACCAACUUCCCUAUCAUUGCCGUUACACUACGCAACAACUGGAAGACUCUUUUCCAUCGUGAGGGUGGAACCUACCCAUGGCUUGUUGACCGUAUAGUCUUUCCACUUAUAACAUUGGUGCCUCCCAUCAUUGUGGCAUUUUGUACUAACCACCUUGAAAUCCUAGUUAGUGUCACUGGUGCAUACGCAGGUAAUGGCAUUCAGUACGUGAUUCCGGCAUUUCUGGUAUUCUGCAGCCGAAAGGAUUCCGCCUUAGUCUAUGGACCUGAACUUGGCAAUAAACAUCUUUCUCCCUUUCGUCAAUCAUGCUGGGUGUGGUUUGUUCUUUUCUGGGCGCUGACAUGUUUUAUCUACGUCACAGCCAAUAUUAUUCUGACUGAUGUCAACCUGUAAACAGGAGCUAGCCUGUCUCGAAAAGUGUGAACCUCAUGAAGGAUGUAAGAACUGGCCAUGGAACAAUAACGUGCCCUCCACUGCCACAAUGUCACUUUUUCAAGUUAUGAGGCUGGUCCUCAUAUUUUGUCGAAACCCACCCCCUUCCCUUCCCCAGAACACUGCAUCCCUGUAGGAAUUACUGUUGUGUUUUCAGAGUGGAAUAUAACAGCAGCUGACAUGAUGAACUUCACUCUGAAUUCCAGACUGUGAUAUAUAUUUAAGUGAUGCCUGUCUCUCAGUGCCUUGCUCUUUAAUCAGAUGGAGGGAAAACUGCAAAGAUGGUACUGCCUGUACUUAUGCUGUCUUAAAAAAAUAUCAAACUAAGACUGAGGUUUGUCCAAGUACUUGUUCAUCCUCCGUAAUGAACCACACAUAUACCUCUUUCUGUGAAACAAGGUGGCCGGUUGCACUCAUCAAGAGGAUGCCAACACAUGCCCUGGCUUCGGUUCAUAAGCCUUUCUCGUUCUUUGUGCCCAGGAGGUGGUCUACAAGACCUGCUGCUAUAGACUAACAUUAUUAACAAGCAGAAUAAAAGUAAAAGACAUUGGUAUGGUUCUUUUUUUUUGUGUGUUUUCCAUCCAUAGGAAUCAUAUACUCCAUCCCUAUCUCAGCAUGUAUCCAGCACACCGUGAUUACGGAUGCUGCUAGUCCUGAUUAAAUUCCCCCCACCCUCUUCUGCUCCCAACACCCAUCAAGAGCAGAGGUGAUUUAUGACUACAUUAUUCCAAGCUUUGAUUAAAUUUUGUACAAGAGGCAACUUUGCCUUUUACCAUUCUGACAAUAUGCACUAUGUUAGACUGAUAUGUUUUUGUGUAGUGAAAACUGUGUACAAUGCUUGUUGUUACAUAAUAUUUGGUUUGAACCACCAAAGUGUUUUGAAAAGGAUCAAAUUGCUAAAAUUAUUUUAUUUUUCUACCCCACGAAUCCUGAGCUUCACAUUUUUUUUUUGUCUAAAUAUUUUAUUUUAAAGAGGAACUGUCACUUCUCUUGAAACUACACCUUGAAUAAAACACCUAUAACUUGUAUUGAC